AUGGCGAAAGGUGCUCGAUCUAGUGUCAAGAAGCGCAACAAGGCCAAGUUGCGGGCCACAGUGUUUGGCCCCGUUGUUGAUCGAAGAACAGAAAGACUCUCGGCAAAGCUUCAGGAUUUGGCGUCGGCAAAACUGGUGAAAGAUGCCGAUAUGGUGGAUGCAGAAAUCAAUCUGAUAGACGCAUCCGAGCCUUCAGCUGGUAAAGCAACCACUACAAAGGAUGACAUGGACAUUGACCAGUCGCCCGACUCUUCCAAACCGAAAUCUAGCGAUGAAUCAGGCCGUACGGGUCGGAUUCAAAAGAGACCACGAAGGAAAACCCGGCCUUCCAUUACUUUUAAACCACACCCUAGGAAGGUGAAGAAAACACCCAAGAGGAAAUAG